AUGGCAUCUGUUCCACAAACUGUAUCAAGAGGUGAUUUUGAUGAGAAGGAAAAAGAAAAGGAUGUUAGAACAUCAAAUAUCGUAGCUGCAAGAGCUGUUGCCGAUGCAAUCAGAACAUCACUUGGACCAAAGGGAAUGGAUAAGAUGAUUAGCUCACCAAAUGGAGAAGUUAUCAUCAGUAACGAUGGUGCUACCAUCUUGAAACAUUUAGAAGUUAGACAUCCAGCUGGUAAAAUGUUGGCAGAGUUAGCAAAAGCACAAGAUAUUGAAGCAGGAGAUGGAACAACAUCGGUAUGUGUUAUCGCAGGAGCAUUGUUAUCAGCAGUUUCACAAUUGAUGUCCAAGGGUAUUCAUCCAUCGAUCAUUUCAGAGGCAUUCAAUUUGGCAAUGAACAAAUCGAUCGAAGUUCUCACUAAUAUGUCGACACCGAUCAGUUUGUCGGACAAGCAAAGUUUGGUAAAGUCAGCGAUCACCUCACUCAACUCAAAGGUAGUUUCACAAUAUACAAAUCUUGCAACGAUUGCUGUCGAUGCAGUGUUGGACGUCAUCAACCCGGCCACUGCUACCAAUGUCAACCUCAAGGACAUCAAGAUCAUCAAGAAGCUCGGUGGUACCAUCGACGAGACCGAGUUGGUACACGGUUUGGUAUUCGAUCAGCACACCGCCCACGGUGCUGGCGGUCCAACACGUAUUCAGAACGCCAAGAUCGGUUUGAUCCAGUUCUGUCUGUCCGCACCCAAGACCUACAUGGACAACAACAUCGUUGUCUCUGACUACACCAAGAUGGACAAGGUGCUCAAGGAAGAGCCAAAGCUCAUCUUGGAGAUGUGUCGUAAGAUUCAAAAGUCGGGAUGCAACGUACUGCUCGUUCAAAAGUCGAUUCUGAGAGACGCGCUCAACGAGUACUCGCUUCACUAUCUCGCCAAGCUAAAGAUCUUGGUGGUCAAGGACAUCGAACGUGAGGACAUUGAAUUCAUUUGUAAUACAGUUGGAUGCACUCCAAUCGCCAAUAUAGAUUCAUUUACACCAGAGAAGCUCGGUAAGGCCGACUUGGUCGAAGAGGUCGGUACCACCGACGGAAAGAUCGUCAAGAUCACCGGUAUUCCAAAUCCAGGCAAGACUGUCACCAUUCUCGCACGUGGAUCCAACAAGUUGGUUUUGGACGAAGCCGAGCGUUCCAUCCACGACGCACUCUGCGUCAUUCGUUCACUUGUAAAGAAGAAGUUUUUGAUUGCCGGUGGUGGUGCUCCAGAGAUUGAAGUCAGCCAACAGGUAACAGAGUUCUCAAAGACACUGUUGGGUAAUCAGGCCUAUUGUGUCCGUGCCUACGCCGAGGCACUCGAAAUCAUCCCAUACACCUUGGCAGAGAAUGCCGGUCUACAUCCAAUCAGCAUCGUCACUGAACUCCGUAAUAAACACGCACAAGGUGAAAAGACUGCCGGUAUCAACGUUCGUAAGGGUGCCAUCACUAACAUUCUCCAGGAAAACGUUGUACAACCACUUUUGGUUUCGACAAGUGCAUUGACUCUUGCCACCGAAACAGUUAUCAUGUUACUCAAGAUCGAUGAUAUUGUAACUGCUCGUUAA